ACGACUGAUCCCCCAGAAUGCAAUCAAGCGAUAAAGAGCCAUACCAUGAGCCACUGCCGGAGAGUGAGAAACGUCAGUCUAGUAAGUACGGGAUGCGGCCAUAUGGCGGCUUACUCGACAAAAGAUCCAAGGAACGAACAUACUUUGACUCUGGCGAUUUUGCGCUUUCGGCCGCCGAACGCGUGACCGACAACGGUGCCAUUGAGACCGGAAGAGAGCACCCCCACCGUGACAGCAUCUCGCAUCCUUAUGCGCCUAUCCCGGCCGCUAGUAACGUUGAUAAGGAUGCAAACGAAGAUUCGUAUAAGAGCCCUCUCAUUCAGCAAGCGGAUUCCAUACAUGGAGAACCGACGAAGGAAGAGGGACUGGAUAAGCCUGUCUCUCAUGAUGGUUGA